UAAAAAAAUAAAAAAUAAAUGUUAUUUUCAUGCCAUAAUCAAGUUUGCUCCAUGUUUGCUUAAAUAAAUUCUCAUUCUCUCAAAAACUAGGCUGCAUUUUGGGGGCUAAUCAUGUUCUUUUUUGAGAUUGUUAGAGCCUACAUUGUGAAGAAGUGUACUUUCCAGAAAUUUAAGAAAGUUUUUAAGUAAGAGUAGUCAGUAUUAAAUCAUUUGUGAUUUUUGUAUAUACUAUUAAAUUUUCAAAAACACAUUUCUAGAAAUGGCUGCCAAGAGAUACGAUCUGUAAAAGAUAAAAGUGGUCUAUUGUGCAGAAGCUCAAUGGCUGGUUUUUGUUCUGUUCCUUCCUCUUUGAUCUGACUUCUCUUGCUUCACUUUGUAAACACUCCAGUACGGAUAUUCAAGUCUGAGAUCAGCUGUUCUAAAUUUUUUUUUAAACUUGUGAUCUUGGUAUCUGACUAGAAGUCGGCAAAAUUUUAAAGUUGUUACAAUGAGAUAAUCUGGAUUCCUCAAUUUCUUUUUUACUUAAUGUGGUUGCACAAUUGCACUUUUAAGUAUUGAAGGUGAUGCAUGAAACACAGCACAAAUUAGAUGCAGCUACUGUUAAAGUAGAAAAUAAAUAACUUUGUGUACUUUAUUGACAACCCUGAAGAUGAAAGUUUGAGAACUUAAUGUACACUUCUUCAGGUUUCUGGAAAUUAACACAUUAGUUGGAUACUUAGCAGGGUCCGUUCCUCGAGACUUAAGCUCCUCUAGUUGUACUUAGGAUAAGUUUCAAAACAAGUUUUGACAUACUUCAGUUUCUUUGCAUAAUUUUAUCCACUUGUUAUGGUAUUCUGGAUAAACAUCUGUUCAUCAAAUUUUGUUUUCUUUCAACUUUAUCUUUUGUGUGCAGAUGUUUGUGGAUUCUUCUGUGGGAUCAGAGGGCACACCUGUUACAACCAGAAAACUCCAAGUAUAGAGCGAGGAUGGAUGAACAGGCUCUUUUAGGGCUAAAUCCAAAUGCUGAUUCAGAUUUUAGACAGAGGGCCCUGGCCUACUUUGAACAGUUAAAGAUUUCCCCAGAUGCUUGGCAAGUAUGUGCAGAAGCUCUAGCCCAGAGGACAUACAGUGAUGAUCACAUAAAAUUUUUCUGCUUUCAAGUACUAGAACAUCAAGUUAAAUACAAAUACUCAGAACUAACCACUGUUCAGCAACAGCUGAUUAGGGAGACGCUCAUAUCCUGGCUUCAAGCGCAGAUGCUGAACCCCCAACCAGAGAAGACCUUUAUACGGAAUAAAGCAGCCCAAGUCUUCGCCUUGCUUUUUGUUACAGAAUAUCUCACAAAAUGGCCCAAGUUUUUUUUUGACAUUCUCUCAGUAGUGGACCUGAAUCCGAGGGGAGUAGAUCUGUACCUCCGAGUCCUCAUGGCCAUCGACUCCGAGCUGGUGGACCGGGAUGUCGUGCACACGUCAGAGGAGGCUCGUAGGAAUACUCUCAUAAAAGAUACCAUGAGAGAACAAUGCAUUCCAAAUCUAGUGGAAUCGUGGUACCAAAUAUUACAAAAUUAUCAGUAUACUAAUUCAGAAGUGACCUGUCAGUGCCUUGAAGUAGUUGGGGCUUAUGUCUCCUGGAUAGACUUGUCUCUGAUAGCCAAUGAUAGGUUUAUAAAUAUGCUGCUAGGUCAUAUGUCAAUAGAAGUUCUACGGGAAGAAGCAUGUGACUGUUUAUUUGAAAUUGUAAAUAAAGGAAUGGACCCUGUUGAUAAAAUGAAACUAGUAGAAUCUUUGUGUCAAGUGUUACAGUCUGCUGGAUUUUUCAGCAUUGACCAGGUCAGUAAAUUUCUAUAUAAAAAGAUAAGUUUCGAUUAUUGACAGGGUGAAGAUGAAGCCAUGUUUGUAGAGUACAGAAAACAACUGAAGCUGUUGCUGGACAGGCUGGCUCAGGUCUCACCGGAGUUGCUGCUGGCGUCUGUGGGCAGAGUGUUCAGCUCUACGCUGCAGAACUGGCAGACCACGCGGUUCAUGGACGUGGAAGUGGCGAUAAGGUUGCUGUAUAUGUUGGCUGAAGCUCUUCCUGUGUCUCACGGUGCUCAUUUCUCAGGGGACGUUUCCAAAGCUAGUGCUUUGCAGGAUAUGAUGCGAACUUUGGUGACGUCAGGAGUCAGUUCCUAUCAGCAUACAUCCGUGACAUUAGAGUUCUUUGAAACGGUUGUUAGAUAUGAGAAGUUUUUCACAGUCGAACCUCAGCACAUUCCAUGUGUACUGAUGGCUUUCUUAGAUCACAGAGGUCUGCGGCACUCCAGUGCAAAAGUCCGGAGCAGGACUGCGUACCUGUUUUCUAGAUUUGUCAAAUCUCUCAAUAAACAAAUGAAUCCUUUCAUUGAAGAUAUUUUGAAUAGAAUACAAGAUUUACUAGAGCUUUCUCCACCUGAGAAUGGUUACCAGUCCUUGCUGAGCAGUGCUGACCAGCUGUUCAUCUAUGAGACAGCAGGAGUACUGAUUGUUAACAGUGAGUACCCAGCUGAGAGGAAGCAGGCACUGAUGAGGAAUCUGUUGGCCCCACUGAUGGAGAAGUUUAAAAUUCUGUUAGAGAAAUUGAUGCUGGCACAGGAUGAAGAAAGGCAGGCCUCUCUCGCGGACUGUCUCAACCACGCAGUGGGGUUCGCCAGUCGGACCAGCAAAGCUUUCAGCAACAAGCAGACUGUGAAACAAUGUGGCUGUUCGGAAGUUUAUCUGGACUGCUUACAGACAUUCUUGCCAGCCCUCAGCUGUCCCUUACAAAAGGACAUUCUCAGAAGUGGAGUUCGCACUUUCCUUCAUCGAAUGAUUAUUUGCCUAGAGGAAGAAGUUCUUCCAUUCAUCCCAUCUGCCUCGGAACACAUGCUCAAAGAUUGUGAAGCAAAAGACCUCCAGGAGUUCAUUCCUCUGAUCAACCAGAUUACAGCCAAAUUCAAGGUGCAGGUGUCGCCGUUCCUGCAGCAGAUGUUCAUGCCGCUGCUGCGCGCCAUCUUCGAGGUGCUGCUGCGGCCGGCGGAGGAGAACGACCAGUGCGCGGCGCUGGAGAAGCAGAUGCUGCGCCGGAGCUACUUCGCGUUCCUGCAGACGGUCACGGGCAGCGGGAUGAGCGCCGUCAUCGCCAACCAGGGUGCAGACAAUGUAGAAAGAGUGCUGGUUACUGUUAUCCAAGGAGCAGUUGAAUAUCCAGAUCCAAUUGCACAGAAAACGUGUUUUAUCAUCCUUUCAAAGUUGGUAGAACUCUGGGGAGGUAAAGAUGGACCAGUGGGAUUUGCUGAUUUUGUUUAUAAGCACAUUGUCCCCGCGUGUUUCCUGGCGCCUCUAAAGCAGACUUUUGACCUGGCUGAUGCACAGACAGUGCUGGCUUUAUCUGAGUGUGCAGUGACACUGAAAACCAUUCAUCUCAGACGGGGCCCAGAGUGUGUUCAGUAUCUUCAACAAGAAUACCUGCCCUCCUUGCAAGUAGCUCCGGAAAUAAUUCAGGAGUUUUGUCAAGCGCUUCAGCAACCUGAUGCGAAAGUUUUUAAAAAUUACUUAAAGGUGUUCUUCCAGAGAGCAAAGCCCUGAGGACUGGACCACCCUGUGUGCACUUCCUGAUCAGGAAUUCCAGUUAAUUAUUUAUAAAGAAGUGACUUGUGUGUGCCAUUCUCACUGGUCUUUUUAACGUUGUUUUGAGCUUAUUACAGUAUGUGUAUUGGGAUUUUCCUGUAAAAUGGGUAUAAUUUUCCCUAAACACAGGCAUUGACAACAAGAGAAGUUGUGUGCAUGCCGACUCAGACUCUUCUACAGGAAGAUGCUGUUGAAAGCACAGCAGUUAUCUUAGUACCUUAACUUUUUUAUUUGAAACUUUAAGUCAAGUCCUUUUUAAGACUAUAGCCGUGGAAAACAGUGUACUUUUUAAAAAAUUGCGCAAUAUAAAAUGUUUGAAAAAUAUAAUUUUCUUUUAUGUGUGCAAACACAUAAAGUAUGGGGGGUAUAACAAUCAAAACUAAUUUUUUGUAGAUAGCCAUUACAUUUCUUUAAUCUGUCUCAAUGCCAAUGUGUAUUCUACAAAAGAAAAUGGUUUCAUAAAUUAAUUGAUUUAAAAGUAGGUGCCGGUGUUAUACAUUUUUUUAUAAAAAAUAAAUUUUAUGUAGUGAAA